AUGUCUCGUUAUUUCCGCUUCCAUACUAUACCUUCUGACCCUUCCAUCUUAUCAUCCACUCUCUUUUUUCUCUUGCCCUCCGAACUUCGUCUAUCAGACUACCUUGAACACUGGAACAGGACUCCAUACAUGGACAAUUUACUCAAGCACUUGGGAUCAUUCCCCGAUCCGACGCCUCCCCCAGGUGGCAUUUUUUGCAAGUGA